CCUGGUUCUGCUUCAUAGCAUUGAUAGCAUUCCAUAAGGCAUACGCUUUUCUGCAUAUAAACCUACAGCCCUUUUAACUAACCAGUUUCAGUCAGAUGGCGAGUGGACAGCUGUCCAGGGCUGGGGCGUUGGCGUGCUCAGGCUGCAGGCAUGCGUGUCACGUGAUGCUCUACUGUGACACGAAAACUCAGCUGUUUGGGAGAAUUCCAAUCAGACAUAUCAUACUGAUGCAGAUGCGCUUUGACGGUCUGCUGGGUUUCCCUGGAGGGUAUGUUAACCCUUCAGAGGAGACCCUGGAGGCGGGGCUUAGCAGGGAGUUGUUGGAAGAGCUGGGCGUUGCUCUUCCUAUAUCGGCAGAAGAUCAUGUGGACUGCUGCCAUGCCCCUGCUUCCUCCCCCUCCUCCACCUCCCGUCUUAUAACCCACUUCUAUGUGAAGAAGAUGGAGGAGGAGCAGAUAAAGGAGGUGGAGAAAGAGGCUGCAUCCACUGCAACAGAUCAUGGACAGGAGGUUCUGGGAAUGGUCAGGGUCCCUCUCUACAACACGAAAAACGGGGGGGGCCUCGCGCCUUUCUUGUCGCACUCAUUCAUCGGCAACGCUCGCUCGCAGCUGGUGGAUUCUCUGCUGCGCCUCGACAUGAUCGCCCCUGAGGAGCUGCACAAAGCCCUCGCGCAUUCUCUAAAGAUACACACACACACCGCUGAGGACCUGCAGGCGGCCCUAACGCGAACAGAGGCGAAGAGGAAUUGGUUCUGAAACACACCUGCACCAGCACUUCCUCUCCAGAACACACAGAGAUACAAUGUGGCCUUCAGCGACACAAUACUUGACUAACACCAAUCCUAAUCACAAACACACACACACACAUAGUGUCAUGCUGAUUCUGAGCCGGUGACUCAUAAUUGCCUCUUGCAUCAAACAGUUUGGAGAAAACGUUAUCAUCUGCUCCCCCAUUAAUGCAAAUAAAAUCAUUUAACUGAAAAUAUAUUUCGACUUUUUCUGUCGUUCUACUUCUGCCAUGGACUUCACACAGGAAAAUGUAAAAAACGAAUUAUAUUAUGCCAAAAUAUGCACAAUAUGGGGAGAACUUUUCCAAUAAUCUUUUAUGCAUCAAAUCUAAAUAUUGAAAUGAACACAGAAAGUACCAUAACAACAGAGUCACAGUUUCACUGCUACUCUCUUUUAACAAACUCGUAACAUCUCGGAGCAUCUUCUAGAGAUGGUCAAAAUAAACGUUCAAACCAAUAACUUAUCCUGGCAAGCAGGACCAUAAUGUUCUGGCCCCUUUAACGCCCCUCAUUAAAGGGGGCCUAUUCUACUAUGGAAGUAAAUAAAGGAGCCCAAUCGAGGCGUUUCAAGCAGUGGGGGGAGUGUCUGGAAGGAACUGUGGAAAUUAGCCUUUGCAGACCAUUGACAUGCACAAAAAAGGGAAAGAUUAAACUCCAAAAAGCAUAAUAGAGCAUAUUUAAACUGACAUUGCUCUCACAAUAUAAAAAAACGUUAUGGUGCAGCCCCUUUUCUUAAAGUUAUAAUGAAGAUUACAUGUGACAAAAUUGAGAGCCAUAUCAAAAUCUUGUAAGCUUGAUGAAAACAACAAAAAAAGCAAGCCUGCAGGUCUCCCUUGAAAAAGAGAUCAUUGAUCUCAAUGGGAUUUCACCUGGAUAAAUAAAGGUUUUGAAUUGAAUUGAAGCCAUGACAAUAAACAGGCUCACACAGCACAUUGAACAGGGCUGUGCUACCUUAUAUGGUAACCCUAACCCAUAGGCACCCUGUGGUAGUCUAUAAUCACCAAGAUCAAAGGGGUUGCAGGAAAUACCCUCUUUACAAUCAGCUAGACUUCUUUGUGUCUGCUCUCGGUUUCUGUGGUUUUAUUUACGAAGUUAUCGUGCCGGUGCAAUCCCAGGAUUAAUUACGUCUGUGACAUACCGUAUAGCCUACGGGCGAGGAUUUGAUUUUGUUUAAGUGUACCCUCGGUGCACAUAACGCGCCUGCACCAGAUGUUAGUAACCUCAUUCCCAGGCAAUAAUGCUGGCAGUGAGCGAAGGCAGAGACAUGAUGCUGCCUAAUGUUCAUCAUACCUACUGUACUGUUAGUGUACGAUGUGUAUCUGUCCAGCGUUUGUUUAUGUGCAGGUGCAUCGGCCUGACAUAUUGGAUAUAUAACGUGUUUUUCUAUAGGGCUACAACUAAUAAACUCAAUUGCUAAUUUCAAGUAUUCUUCUUUGAAGUAUGAUGUUUUGUUUUGUGAAUUAUGGACCUAUUUAGAUUCAAAUUAGACGGUAAAGCCAGGUAUGCUUUAGGAUGUAGCUCCCUGAUUGACAAGUCACUAUUACUGUAGGGUUGUAAAACACAAUUAUUUUCAUUAUUGAUUCUUCGUUUAUUCCAAAAUAUGUCAGAAAAUAGAGGGAAAUGUCAAACCCAAUUCCUCAUAGUCCAUUGUGAUGCAUUACAAUGUCUUGUUUUGUCACUCCUUAACCAAAAGAUGUUCACUUUAUUAUUGUAUUAAACUUUGUUAUUAAACCAA